AGAAUAGUUUAUCGUCACCAAAGUUGCUGGGUCGACCAUGGAGGUGGAAUCAGGUGAUGGGCAGCUUGCAGAGCUCACCACCUUGGAGCUUACUUCAGAAAAUCCUGAAGAUGGAACAGAUCCUAAUUAUGCUCUUCAGUUCAUUGAUGGACAGAUCAACUAUCAACAGUUGGUUACUCUCUUGGAAGAAGAUGAGGAUGAUGAUGCAGAGGAUGAUAAGGGAGAGAAUGAUGAAACUAUCCCAGCUCCUCAUGCAGCUGAACCAUACCAGACUCUUGGAAUGCUCUAUGAGGAAAUGGGAGAUAUGGAGAAGUCCUACCAGUUUCGUCUGAUUGCAGCACAUUUGGGACCAACUGAUGUGGAGGAAUGGCUUCACCUAGGAGAAAUUGCAUUGGAGAGAGAAGAGAUCAGACAAGCAAAAAUUUGCUACAGGCAUGCCUACAAGACAGAAAAAGACAACAUGAAAGUAGCCAUUGCUUAUGGAAAUCUAAUGGAACGGGAUGGUGAAAAGCGAGCUGCAUUUCGCCUGUAUGUCAGCCUCUUGCCACGUGUUGAGAACUCACACCCAACUAUGUAUAUGACUAUCAUUAAAGAGAUAGCUCGACUCCACCAUGAGUUUGGGACAGUAGCAGCUGCCAGGGAAGUCAUGUCUGAAGCAUUCAGGAAAUAUCCAAGUGUUGUAUCAUCUGAAGAUGUGAACCUACUUCUGGAACUGUUGGCAGCAGAAAAGAAAUUUGAUGAGAGUUUAUCUGUUCUGAUCAAAUAUUGCCAAGUGGAAUUUGAUCCAGCAAUUCAUGGGGAAGGACCAGUGGAAAAUGUGAAUGUAUGCCGAAGCAUCACUCUUCCUGAUCCAUUCCCUGUUGAUCUUCAAGCCAAAUUGAUUGUUGCUCUUAUACAAAUGGAUGCCUUGCAUCUUGCUCAGGUGGUUUGUGAUAGGCUGUCCCAGGAAGAUGCUGAAGAGGUGGGUGAUCUCUUCUUGGAUGUGGCUGAGGCUUACAUGGAGAAGAGAGCCCCUGACAAGGCUAUUCCUCUUCUUGACACACUUUGUCGAACAAAGAACUACUCCCUUCCAGCAGUCUGGCUUCGAUAUGCAGAGUGUCUGCACAAUACACAUCAGUUGGAGAAGACUGCUGAUGCCUACAAGAUGGUGCUGAACUCAGUCCCAGAGCACACAGAUGCUCGCCUAGCAUUGUCUCAAACACUCAAUGAGUUGGGACGGGGAGAUGAAGCCAUUGUUACAUUGAGUCAAGCAGAUGAUGGUCCAAUGGAUGGUUCUCUCCUGUAUCAUCGCUGCAAGCUUCUUCUGCGACAAGAGAAACAUGAAGAAUUCAUUUCCAAAGCCUUACUCUUCUUUUCAAGGCACUUCUUUCAACUGGAAAAGCUCAAUGACAUUGACACUGCAUUGUUGGUGAAAAUGCCUGGUGGAGCAAGUGUCCCAAGCCAGGUUUCAGAGGGAUUUGUGAGCUGGGAUGAUGAAAUGCAGCUCUUGUUUGACUUGUGCCAGCUCUUGUUUCAACGUAGGGAAUUUUCCCUCCUUGAACGUGUCUGCAUUGGAGCACUUGGUUCAAAGGUCUUCAGAUCUAUGGCUGCACGCAAAGCUGACAUCCCCUGGGGAUUAUACUUCAAUGCCCUUCAAGCCUGUUACUUCAAUCGAGACUUCAACACAAGCUACAAGAUUGUGAGGGACAUGGUGUUUUUUGAACCCAUGAAUCACACCAUGCUCUACCUCCUUAAUCUCAUCAUCAGUCGAAUGGAAGGCAUUCGUCAUCACAAGUUCCUCAUGAGACUCCAGGCUCAUCAUGUUGAGAAUGCAGCUCUUGGGAUCCUGAAUGGAAACAAUAGCUUAAUAUCUGGUACAUACAAGUAUGCCCUUGGGGAUUACAUGAAUGCAUUCAAAGUCAUGCCUGACAAUCCCCUCAUUGCUCUUCUCAUUGGAAUCACAUUCGUUCACAUUGCAUGUCAGAAAUUUGUCAACAAGAAGCAUUCCCUGGUGGUUCAGGGUCUCUCAUUCCUGAAUACUUAUCUUGAGCUGAGGGGAGAAUGUCAGGAAACAUACUACAAUCUUGGCCGAGCAAUGCAGCAACUUGGGAUCAUGCACAUGGCUGUGCAGUACUACAAGAAAGCCUUAGACUCUCCCCCAGCUGUGAAACCCAGAGAAAGUGAACCCCAGGUGUAUGAUCUCAGCAGAGAGAUUGCCUAUAAUCUAGCUUUAAUCUAUCGUGGAUCAGGAUCUGAACACUUGGCCCGUUUCUACAUCAGGAAGUAUUUGAGUCGCCUGAAGCAGUCCAUCAUUGUGGCAAUAGGAGGUUCCAUUACAUUUUGUGGGAUGAAUAUCUACUGUGGGUCAGAACGGUUUUACCGAGAGGUUGUCCCACCCAUCAUGUCACUUCUGCCUCCUGAGACAGCACAUCGUGUGGCUAUCAAGGCAGCCAGAUUUGGAAUUGUACCUAAGCCCAAGUACAUAGACUCGCCACUUUUGAAGAGCAAGGUGUUUGGAUUGGACUUUCCAAAUCCUGUGGGCUUGGCAGCAGGGUUUGAUAAAGAUGGGGAAGGGACAUUAGGACUGCUAUCCAUGGGCUUUGGCUCUGUGGAAAUCGGAUCGGUAACCCCAAAACCUCAACCUGGGAAUCCAUCUCCUCGUAUAUUCAGACUCCCUGAAGAUGGAGCCAUCAUCAACAGGUAUGGCUUCAACAGCCAUGGCCAUCAGGUGGUACAUGACCGUCUGAAAUCUCAGAAGCUAAAGAACCCAAAUGGAAUCAUCGGUGUAAAUUUGGGGAGAAACAAAGACUCUGACGAUCCCAUCAGUGAUUAUGCAGCAGGCAUUCACAUGUUUGCUGAUGUUGCUGAUUAUUUUGUCAUUAACAUCUCAAGUCCAAACACACCACGACUUCGAGAGAUGCAGGAGAAAGGGAACCUGGAGGUGUUACUUGAUGCAGUACUCAAAGCAAGAGAUGAAGUAAAAAUGAAGAGGAUACCAGUAUUAUUAAAGGUUUCUCCUGAUCUCUCACCCUCAGAGCGGAAGGACAUCGUUGGUGUUAUUACAAAGUCUGAGAGACGGGUGGAUGGGUUGGUGGUUUCCAACACAACAACAUCUAGACCAGAAAGUUUGCAGAGUCCGUUCAAGGAAGAAGAUGGUGGACUAAGUGGGAAGCCCAUCAAUGCCAUGGCAACUGAAGCAAUAAGGGAUUUCUAUUCUCUAACAAAAGGUAAAGUUCCUAUCAUUGGUGUUGGUGGAAUUUCAUGUGGGAAAGAAGCAUAUGAAAAACUCUGUGCUGGAGCUUCCCUUCUACAGCUCUACACCUCAUUGGUCUAUGAAGGACCCACUGUGGUUUCAAAAAUCAAACAGGACCUAGAGGAACUCCUCAGCAAAGAUGGUUAUGAAAGUUUGUCAGAUGUUAUUGGGAGAGAUGUGAAGAUACCGUGACACAUUCAGUGGAAGAUCUGUGAAUCUAACAAGGGGAGUUAUAAUUGUCUGUUCUAGGUAUUUCUAUUUCAUGUUGUGGUGUAAUGAAAGAUUGAGUAAAAGGUGAUGAAUGAGGAAAU